AUGAUGAGCUGGAGAAGAGUUGGGAAAGCUUUUCAGGCACUAUCAGCCCAUACCUUGCUAUUAUGCUUCACGAUUUUGCUUGUUUUGAAGCUCGAUCAUACUAUUCAUUCCUCUUGGUGGCUUGUAUUCUUUCCCCUUUGGCUGUUUCAUGCUGUUGUUGCCCGAGGGAGAUUCUCUUUGCCUGCACCCUCAGUUCCGCAUGAUCGACAUUGGGCCCCAUGUCACGCCGUGGUUGCAACUCCAUUGCUUAUUGCAUUUGAAUUGCUUCUCUGUAUAUAUCUCGAGAGCGUAUAUGUUAAAGGUUCUGCGGCUGUAAACUUAAAAAUUGUCUUCCUGCCCCUGUUGGCAUUUGAAGUAAUCAUCCUCACAGACAACUUCAGAAUGUGUAAAGCUUUAUUGCCCGGAGAUGAUGAAAGCUUGAGUGAUGAUGCUAUAUGGGAAACACUACCGCACUUCUGGGUGGCAAUUUCGAUGGUUUUCUUUCUUGCGGCUACUAUUUUCACCAUGCUGAAGCUAUGUGGUGAUGUCGGGGCUCUUGGCUGGUGGGACUUAUUCAUAAACUAUGGUAUUGCAGAGUGCUUUGCAUUUCUUGUUUGUACAAAGUGGUCUAAUCCAAUGAUCCAUAGAAAUUCUCAACCAAGAGAUGCAACUUCAUCAUCAAAUACAGUUAGAUAUCUAGAUUGGAACAGUGGCUUAGUGGUCUCUGCUGAGAGCCAAUCACAAAACCGAAUGUGUGAUCUACAGGAUAUUGGUGGCCACUUUAUGAAAAUUCCGAUAGUUGGAUUCCAAGUCCUCCUCUGUAUGCAUCUGGAGGGUACACCUCUGGCAGCCAAGCUUAUCCCAAUCCCUAUGCUAUUUUUGCCUAUUUUCCUACUUCAGGGAGCUGCAGUCCUUUUUGCCCUAGCCAAGUUUGUUGAGAGACUAGUUCUUUCAUUACGGAAUGGAGAUGCCACUGGCAGAUAUUUUACAUAUAGUGCAAGGGUUUGGGAUUGCUUCGCUUUCUUGAACCAUGGCUCUCGGCUACUUGGUUGGUGGUCUAUUGACGAGUCAAGUCGAGAAGAACAGGCUCGUCUAUUCCACAAUGGGGCUUCCGGGUACAACACUUUUUCUGGGUAUCCACCUGAGAUAGUCAAAAAAUUGCCAAAGAAGGAUCUUGCUGAGGAGGUCUGGAGACUUCAAGCAGCACUUGGUGAGCAGACAGAAAUCACAAAAUAUAGUCAGCAGGAAUAUGAAAGGCUGCAAAAUGAAAAGGUUCUUUGCCGGGUUUGCUUCGAAGGGGAGAUAAGUGUGGUUCUCCUUCCUUGUAGACAUCGCGUUCUCUGCAGCAACUGUUCCGAGAAAUGCUCAAAAUGCCCUAUUUGUCGCAUCGCUAUCUCACAACGCUUGCCUGUAUAUGAUGUAUAG